AUGAGCCAGGUAGAGUCGAUCGCCAAGACGAUCGAGAUUGUGGACGGGUUGAACUUUGUCACCCAGCCCGCCAAAUCCGUCGGGUCUUCAUUCACGUCGUUGGUCAAGAAUCCCAACGUUUUGUUGAAUGCAAAUGACCCAUAUGGAGCUGUUGGAGACUACUUGAUUGACCGCGAUAACAGAUACAAGGAGGGUGCCCUCGGUGAGGGUGAGGAGGAUACAGGUAAGGGGUUUGUCACUGUCACUACUGAUGGGCGCACGUUGUUAAAGAGCUUGCCCCUUUUGUCGGGCUCUGUUUUCAAGAACAACAAGGUGGUGAACCAUGUUGAGAUUGUCAACCUGGACUUUAACGUCGUUACAAGUUUGAAGGACUUGCACUAUCCGAUUUUGAUAUCGCAAACUCCAUCGGAAUCAUACCGGUUUGCCAGCUUGGCUUACAAUUUGUCCCAAAAGUUAAACACUUCGGUGUUUCACUUUUUUGCAGCUAGUGCAAAUUACAAGUCGAAUGAAACGGUAAAGACUUCAGAAGGUGUUCUUUUGAGAGACUUGGAUAGUUUAACAUUUGAGCAGAUUGCCUCCAGCUUUGAAGUUCAGCCGUUCACCGUUGCCAAUAACCAACUGAAACAGAAAAAGGAUGCCGUGUUGUAUUUGGGUGCAUUGAGUGACAAGCUCAUUGCAGCUGCCGAUAACCAGAAUUUGCUUUUGAUCAGUGUCAAGAUUUACCAACCAUUCCAAAUAAGCCAAUUGUUGAAAACGAUACCGGCACACGUGGAAACAAUCACAAUUGUCGAGCAAUCCAACACGCAAUUUGCCACUUUCUCGCCACUUUUGCUUGAUUUUUUCAGCCAAUAUUCCCAAUACCAAUCGUUGAAAAAUUUCAAAAAGAUUGUAGCUGCAACUGUUGGUGAAAAUGUCAAUUUCGAAAAGGCCUUGGCCCACAUCUACUCGAAUAUAAACUCGGAAAAGCCAAUUCAAAACUUGCACUUGGGAAACUCGCUGGAGAAAGACCCCCACAGGGAAUCAGUAGCCGAGUUUGCUAAAGCCGCGUCUGAAGCAUAUAGCUUGGAGCAAGCUUACUUGAAAGUCCUCCAACAGGUAAACGACACCAACUUAAACGUUCUCAACAAAUACGACGCUGAUAGCAUUGGUGUCGAAACCAACCCCGAAUUUGGGUUUGGUUCUUUUUUGUACGAGCAAGAGCAACAGGACAAUUUGGUGCUGUUGGUGCACGAGGCGUUGAAACAAAACAAGUUUGAAACCAGCGACAACAACAAAUUGACCAGCUUGCUCUCGUCGUGGUUGUUGGAAUUGGAGCAAAAGGGUCAAGUGGAGGACAGAAUCCCACUCGAAAUUGUUGAUUUACUUGAGACCGACAAGUCGUCAACCGCGUCCAAGGAAUUGCUUGCCUUGUCACAAUACUUUACCUCCAAAAAGAAUUGGCUUAUAGGAUCCGAUGCUUGGUCCUACGAUUUGGGUGCCUCUGGUGUCCACAACGUCAUCACUUCUGGAAAGAAUAUCAACAUGUUGAUUAUUGAUUCCGAGCCCUAUGACGACAAGAAGAAUGAAAAGACUGUUAAUGGCUUUAGGAAAAAAGAUGUUGGUUUGUACGCCAUGAACCAUGGGGAUUGUUAUGUUGCAUCGGUUGCCGUUUACUCGUCCUACACUCAAGUAUUGCAAGCGUUUAUCGAAGCCGACAAAUUCAACGGUCCUUCAAUCAUCUUGGCAUAUUUGCCUUACCACAAGGAAUCGGACAAUACGUUGUCUGUUUUACAAGAAACCAAAAAGGCCGUCGAUAGCGGGUACUGGCCAUUGUACAGGUACGACCCAUACGCGGAAAAAGAGCAGGAAGUAUUCAAAUUGGACUCUUCGAAUCUCAGGAAACAACUCAAGGAUUUCUUGGAACAGGAAAACAGAUUGACUUUGCUUGCAGCAAAAGACCCCUUGUUGUCUAGAAAUCUUACAACCACUGCUACAACCGAAGCUAAAGCCAAGCAAGCUGAAAUUGCUGACGAAUCUUAUGCAUUGUUGUUACAAGGCUUGUCAGGCCCUCCUUUGACAAUUGCAUUUGCAUCUGAUGGUGGCAAUGCAGAAGGUAUUGCUAAAAAGAUUAAUAGACAAGCAUUGGGUAGAGGAUUGAAAUCGGUUGUUUUGCCAAUGGACGAUGUGUCAGCAGAGGACUUGCCCAAUGAAACAAACAUUGUGUUUGUUACUUCCACGUCAGGUCAAGGUGAAUUCCCCACCAACGGUAAGCAGUUUUGGGACUCCAUCAAAAACGCCAAUGACAUGGACUUGUCCGGAAUCAAGUUUUCCGUCUUUGCCUUGGGUGAUUCCCAGUACUGGCCAAGAAAAGAAGACAAGCACUACUAUAAUAAGCCAGGUAAGGAUCUUUUCGCUAAAUUGAAGUUGUAUGGAGGCGUCGAGCUUGCCGAAAUUGGGUUGGGUGACGAUCAAGACGCCGACGGCUUCUCCACGGGCUUCAAUGAGUGGAUCCCCAGAAUUUGGGCUGCCUUGGGCGUUGAUAAUGUUGAAGGAGUAGAGGAGCCAAAGCCAAUUACCAAUGAAGAUAUGAAGCUCGGAUCAGAUUAUCUUCGAGGCACCAUUGCCGAAGGCUUGCAAGAUGAGUCCACGGGCUCCAUCUGUGCCGUUGACCAGCAAUUGACCAAGUUCCACGGUAUUUACAUGCAGGAUGACCGUGAUGUCAGAGAAGAGCGUAAAGCUCAGGGUUUGGAGCCAGCUUACGCUUUCAUGGUGCGUGUUCGACUUCCCGGUGGUAUUGCCACCCCCAAACAGUAUUUGAAGAUGGAUGAACUCGCCGACGAGAGAGGCAACGGAACCUUGAAGUUGACCACCAGAGCCACCUUCCAAUUGCACGGUGUCGUUAAACACGACUUGAAACCGGCAAUCAGAGGCAUGAAUGCCGCAUUGAUGGACACAUUGGCUGCGUGCGGUGAUGUCAAUAGAAACGUUAUGGUUUCCGCGUUGCCAAGCAAUGCUAAAAUUCAUGGCCAAGUGUCUGCAGUGGGUACUUUGAUUUCAAACUACUUGUUACCAAACACCACUGCGUAUCAUGAAAUCUGGUUAGAAGGCGAUUUGCCCUCGGACAAGCCAGGGGAUGUGGAAGCCUGGAACAACCGUAAAGAUGGCCCUACAAAGAAAAAGACCUUGGUUGCCGGAAACGUGUUGGCUGAUGUCGAGCCUCAAUACGGCGUCACGUACUUGCCAAGAAAGUUUAAAAUCGUCAUUACCGUUCCUCCAUACAAUGACGUCGACGUCUAUGCCCACGAUAUCGGUUUGAUUGCCAUUGUUGAAAACAACGAUGUUAUUGGGUUCAAUGUCUUGGCCGGUGGUGGAAUGGGAUCGACUCACAAUAACAAAAAGACGUAUCCUAGAACCGGCUCCAUGUUUGGUUUCAUCAAGAGAGAUCAAAUCCACAUUGCGUGCGAAAAGAUUAUGUUGGUGCAAAGAGACUUUGGAGACAGAACCAACAGAAAACAUGCCAGAUUAAAGUACACCAUCGAUGACUUGGGAGUUGAGGUUUUCAAGUCAAAAGUCGAGGAGUUGUUGGGCUAUAAAUUUGACGAGCCAAAGGCAUUCAAAAUUGAAAACAACGUGGACCACUUUGGCUGGUGCAAAGACGAAUUGGGAUUCAACCACUUUACCGCGUUUAUUGAAAACGGAAGAAUCGAAGACACUCCAGAAUUGCCGCAAAAGACCGGUUUGCGUAAGAUUGCCGAGUUUUUGCAACAGAAUAGAAAACUGGGUCAGUUUAGAUUAACGGGAAACCAACAUAUUCUCAUCUCAAACAUCGAGGACGAGGACUUGCAAGACGUUAAGAACUUGUUGGCUCAGUACAAGUUGGACAAUACCGAAUUCUCAGCGUUGAGAUUAUCAUCUGCUGCUUGUGUUGCUUUCCCUACAUGUGGAUUGGCAAUGGCCGAAUCUGAACGUUAUUUGCCACAAUUGAUCACCAAGCUCGAGGAAAGGUUGGAAGACUAUGGCUUGAGACACGAUUCAGUGGUUAUGAGAAUGACUGGUUGUCCCAACGGCUGUGCUAGACCGUGGGUGGCAGAAGUUGCUCUUGUCGGUAAGGCCUACGGCGCGUACAACUUGAUGUUGGGUGGAGGACAUCAUGGCCAGAGGUUGAACAAGAUAUACAGGUAUUCGAUAAAGGAAGAUGAGAUUCUUGAAAUCUUGUCUACUUUGUUUGAAAGGUGGAGCAAGGAACGGAACGAAGGUGAGCCAUUUGGCGAUUGGUGUAUUAGAGCAGGCGUCAUCAAGGAAACCACCGAAGGUAAAUAUUUCCACGAAGAUAUACCAGAAGAUGCAUAA